AACACUUUACACAAAAUCUGCUGUUGUUAACUGCUAUUUCAGGUCAUUUUGAUGCGAUUAUAUAUCAUUUACAAUAAAAGACUCAACAUAGAACGCUCAGUUUAGUGAUUCAACGUAUGCGAGCAUAUUUGCAACAAUGUUACUGAAGUAGAAGUCCGACGAUAUCAGUCACGAACACUCGCAACAAUGUUACCCAGGUAACAAGUCCGAAAGCUUUAGUCAAUCGAUUAGAUUCUCUGUCAUGCUAGACCAUCUCUCACUCACGCGCAGACGCCACGGUGACUAUGAAGCUCGCUCUUACGUGAUAGUCUAUUAGUAGUCGUUGUGCCACCGCGCGAUCAUCAUGUGCCAGGCGGUGAUCAAGGAUCUGCACGAUCACAGUGUGCAGUUGAAUCGGUGGUUCCUCAAGCCAUUAGGCGCGUGGCCGCGAUCUGCUACGACUUCUAAGGGUGAGCGGGCUCUGUCCUACAUCCUGAUAUUCAUCUGCUUUUUCCUGAUCGCCUUCACCGCGGUACCGUGCGCGCUCAACAUCUUAUACGAGGAGAGAGACAUCCAGCUAAAGCUCAUGGCAAUUGGCCCGCUCAGUCACUGGAUCAUGGGUGCGAUGAAUUAUUGUUCUCUGCUGCUGCGUAGCGCAGAUAUACGCGGUUGCGUGCAGCACAUGCAAAGAGAUUGGCAGAUCAUCAAGCGUACGCGCGAUCGCGAGAUUAUGGCGAGGAACGCGCAACUGGGUCGGCUUGUUGCAGGUUUCUGCGCGGUGUUCAUGCACGGUGGCCUGUUCUCCUACACUAUCGUGUGCGCGAUGACGACAGUAGUGGUACCGAUUGGAGACAAUCGGAGUGUAGAGAUGAUCCAGUUGCCGGUUCCGUCGUACAGCAAAUUUAUAGACGCCAGAUUCAGCCCGGCGAACGAGAUCAUGCUGAUGACGCAGAUGCUCUCCACCUUCGUAGUGAACUCCACCACCGUUGGCGCGUGCAGCCUGGCCGCCGUUUUCACCAUGCAUGCGUGUGGCCAGCUGGAUAUCUUGAUGACACGAUUAAAUAGGCUUGUCGAAGGUGAAGACGCGAGGACUAGUGGAUCGCUCCAGCGGAGACUGGCCGAUAUCGUGGAUCAUCACUUACGUGUUUUAAGUUUUAUAGCGCGCAUCGAAGACGGUAUGCAUCAAAUAUGUCUGGUAGAAUUACUCGGAUGUACAUUUAACAUGUGUAUGACUGGAUAUCACACCAUUACGAAGUGGGGCGAUUCUGAUGCAGUAAGAAUAACGACAUUUUGUAUUAUAUACGUAUCUAUGGCUAUCAAUAUUUUUAUAUUUUGCUAUACUGGCGAGAUUCUUACGGAACAGUGCAAAACAGUGGGAGAAAAGACAUAUAUGACUGAUUGGUAUAACCUACCCCACAAAACUGCUCGUGGUCUCCUUUUGAUAAUAGCGAGAUCGAGCAACGUUAUUAAGAUAACUGGUGGAAAAUUAUUUCAAUUAUCUAUUGCAACUUUUAGUGAUGUAAGUAAAACACACAAAUGGCACAAAUUUAUAAUGAAACUGUAUUCGUUGUGCCACCGCGCGAUCAUCAUGUGCCAGUCGGUGAUCAAGGAUCUACACGAUUACAGCGUGCAGUUGAAUCGGUGGUUCCUCAAACCAUUAGGCGCGUGGCCGCGAUCUGCUACGACUUCUAAGGGUGAGCGGGCUCUGUCCUACAUCCUGAUAUUCAUCUGCUUUUUCCUGAUUGCCCUCACCGCGGUGCCGUGUGCGCUCAACGUCUUUUUCGAGGAGAGAGACAUCGUGCUGAAGCUCAGGGCGAUUGGCCCGUUCAGUCAUUGGAUCAUGGGCGCGAUGAAUUAUUGUUUUCUGCUGCUGCGUAGCGCAGAUAUACGCGGUUGCGUGCAGCACAUGCAAAGAGAUUGGCAGAUCAUCAAGCGUACGCGUGAUCGCGAGAUCAUGGCGAGGAACGCCCAAUUGGGCCGGUUUGUUGCAGGUUUCUGCGCGGUAUUCAUGCACGGUGGCGUGUUCUCCUACACUAUCGUGUGCGCGAUGACGACAGUAGUGGUACCGAUUGGAGACAAUCGGAGUGUAGAGAUGAUCCAGUUGCCGGUUCCGUCGUACAGCAAAUUUAUAGACGCCAGAUUCAGCCCGGCGAACGAGAUCAUGCUGAUGACGCAGAUGCUCUCCACCUUCGUAGUGAACUCCACCACUGUUGGCGCGUGCAGCCUGGCCGCCGUUUUCACCAUGCACGCGUGUGGCCAGCUGGAUAUCUUGAUGACAAGAUUAAAUAGGCUUGUCGAAGGUGAAGACUCGAGGACUAGUGGAUCGCUCCAGCGGAGACUGGCCGAUAUCGUGGAUCAUCACUUACGUGUUUUAAGUUUUAUAGCGCGCAUCGAAGACGGUAUGCAUCAAAUAUGUCUGGUAGAAUUACUCGGAGGUACAUUUAACAUGUGUAUGACUGGAUAUCACACCAUUACGAAGUGGGGCGAUUCUGAUGCAGUAAGAAUAACGACAUUUUGUAUUAUAUACGUAUCUAUGGCUAUCAAUAUUUUUAUAUUUUGCUAUACUGGCGAGAUUCUUACAGAACAGUGCAAAACAGUGGGAGAAAAGACAUAUAUGACUGAUUGGUAUAAACUACCCCACAAAACUGCUCGUGGUCUCCUUUUGAUAAUAGCGAGAUCGAGCAACGUUAUCAAGAUAACUGGUGGAAAAUUAUUUCAAUUAUCUAUUGCAACUUUUAGUGAUGUAAUUAAGACUUCCGUAAUAUUUUUGAAUUUAAUAAGAACGAUGACUUCUACAUGACCUAUGUUAAAGUAGGAAACUUGCAUAAUAUUUUACAUAGCAAUAUAUUACAUACCAAGUACGAUAUUGUUAAAAUAGAAGAAAUAUUUAAUAAAUAGAACAAAUAAUAAUAUUUAAUUUA